CAAGCAGAGCAAGAAAGGUGACGUGUGUGCAUGCAUGCAGGGUGGAAAGAGAAAGAGGGUUAUAUGCAGAUGUGCUCUGAAAAAGAAAUCUUAUGGUGGUUUCAUGUGUGUACCUUCACACCUUUAGUAUCUCCACGCUACAUUUUCUUGUUUUACUAUCUCCUCUGCUCCCUACUCCUCAGUCAGUACAGUCGGAUUUGUACACACUGUUUUAUUAGAUUAAAAUCCGUCUUCUUUUUCUAAAUUUGGCGGUAUGGACGUGCAUCUUUCCUUUCGGUAUUUCUCUAAGGAGCAGUACAAGAUCACAGAUUAACUUUUUGUGCAUCUUCAUAUUAAUUUCAUCGUUUUAUUGAAGUCCACAGAAUGGAGGCUGUUUCCCAGAACCUGCAAGAUCAGAUAUCAGAGCUGCUGAAGCCUCACAGAGUCUGUCUGGUGACGCCUGUUAUUUUGAACAACUCCAGUCAGCCAAGUGGAAGGUCAACCAACAGGUUUAUGGUACUGAGUCUAUGGAGAGGUUACGUGGUUAUAAACAAGCAACCUAUCAGGGUGGAGAGCACCUUUAGCUACCUGGAGAUUUGCGCCAUUAAUAUUCACAGUCACAUGAAGAUUGUGUUGGAGACAGACAGACAGACUCUGUAUUUUAGUGUGUUACACACUGAAGAUCUUGAAGCCAUGAUCAGUCACAUGACCGCCUCACUGAAGAGGAUCUUUCCUGAUUCUUCUCCAGGAAAGCUGUUGAAGACAAUUCCACCCGAUCUCAAGGACAGACUCCUCACACUGAUUGGUGCGAUAGAGGAGCAGAUGAACAGUCAGCCUGGCUACUGUGGAGGAUUCUCUGAUACCUAUGCUGCUUUGUGUGAUUUCAAUGAGAUGCCGUUUAGAGAAGAGAUUCAGUGGGAUGUUGACAACAUUUACUACAUCCACAACUGGAGACAAUUCAACCUGCAGGACUUCAGCCACUUAGACAGCAGGGACCUGGCAUUGGCAGUAGCAGCUUUGUCCUUUAACCAGUGGUUUACAAAGAUUUACUGCAAAGAUCUCAAACUGUCAGUGGAUAUCCAGCAGCAGCUGACAUACCUGCUCUCAAGAUCUCCCAGUCUGGAGGAGCUCUCGCUGGAGGCCAGUGGGCUGAAGCUGGACUUUGCAGUCAAAAUGGCUGCUGCCCUCAAAGAGCAUGCCUCGUCUAGCCUGCAAUCUAUCAACCUCUCUGGCAAUCCAAUUGAAGACAAAGGUGUAAUAGCGCUAAGUCAGAAUUUGGAGAAUCUGGAGAAAGGACUCAAGCGCCUCUCCCUGUCCAGGGUAUCGAUGACUGCCAGAGGUCUCGGCUGUCUGAGUCAGGUGUUGUCCUCCAGUCAAAGGUUCUCAACAUCUCUGACCCACCUUGAUCUGUCUGGUAACACCAGUAGCCUGGUUACUGAGGAAGCCACGUUUCUCUUCAAGUUCUUGUCCAGUACAAACUCUCUGUCUUAUCUGGACCUCAGUGAUACCAGCUGCCCUCUGGACACGUUAUUUGUGUCGCUGUCUGCUGGAUGUUGUUACAAACUGGUGCACCUUAACCUGGCCAGGAAUCCUUUCAGCCACAGAAAGGUGCAGGAGGUCACGAGGAGCAUUCAAGAGUUCUUUAGUCAGAGCUGUGAGCUGAAAUAUGUUGGGCUGUCUGCAACCAAACUACCUCCACAAGCUCUCAGGUUAUUACUGCAGGGUCUGGCAACCAACAAACGACUGUUUGGGCUGGAGUUAGACCUAAGCAGCUGCGAGCUACGUUCAGCAGGAGCCCAGGUGAUACAGGAACACAUCUCUGAAGCCACAGCCAUCAGAAGUCUGGAUAUCUCUGACAACAGUUUUGAGAAUGACAUGGUGACCCUGGUUCUGUCAGUCGGUCGAUGUCAGUCUCUUCGACAUCUUGCCCUGGGGAGAAACUUUGCCAUGAAAUCCAGAGCACUCACUGAUGUUCUUCAACGUAUAGCUCAGCUAAUCCAGGAUGAAGAGUGUCCCUUGCAGUCUUUAUCAGUGUCUGACUCCAAGCUGAAGACCGGGAUACACAUUCUGCUGAGUGCUUUGGGUGGUCAUGCUGCUCUGGUUGAACUUGACAUUAGUGGAAACUUUAUUGGAGAUACAGGAGCUAAAAUGCUGUCCAAAGCCCUGAUGAGUAAUACCAGCCUGAGGACUUUAACAUGGGACAGAAACAGUGUGACUGCUAGAGGUUUCCAGGAUGUAGCAGAUGCCUUGGAGAGGAACUUCACUCUGCAGCACAUGUCUCUUCCCCUGGCCGAUAUCACACCGAGUUACCGUAGCAACCCUGACAGAACAAAAGAGGCCCUGCACAAGAUUCAGCAGCAUUUAGACAGAAACAACCAGAGACAGUCUGACAGCAUAGAACUUCGACAAGUCUUUAGAACUCAACAGUCUGAAAAGCUCAUCCAUGGAAUGUGCCGCCAGUUAGAGAGCAGCCUUCAACGUUUAAGCCACUGUAGCAUUCAAGAGGACCAAGCUGAUGUCCUCAAAGCGCACGAGGUGCUGCAACAUGCCAGGGACUCUUUAAAGCUGCUGCCGUCGCUAUAUGAGGUAGGCACGAAGUGCGCCUCCGAUGGAGACUUUGUGAACAGCAUUCUUACUGACACGGCUACUGCACUGACCAAUGAGUUCACUAGGAGCAUACAGGAGUUGUCUCAAGGCCUGAUGAGACACGCUGAUGCUUUGUACCCACGAGUGGUCCAGCGGUCUAGUGUGUGUGAGUGUCUUUCAGAGUGUGUCUCCAAAAGAAGCACACAGACACACAUAUUCAUAAGAAGCACUCUGGUGGAGAGCACAGGGCACAUCAUCAACAACAGACUGCAUGAACUGAAGAAAACACUGACUGUCACUCUGGCUGAAAGCAUUGUGCAACAGGUGCUACAGGAUCUAAAAGUGGCACAGGACAAAAUAGAUUGUCUUAUAAAAGAAAAUACAUGCAAUACCCAGAGACUCAACAUCCCAGAACUCAAAGUGGUUGAGAGUGACUUCCCAACUGAUGACUACAGUCCAGCAAUUUGGAGAAAUAGUUUUUACUCUAAGAGCCUGAGACCCGCCUGUUCAAUUAAAAGUCUCCUGGAUGCAGACUGGGAGCAGCAGAUCAGGGACAGAGGAGCAGAGAGAGAGUGGGGAGGAGGUGCUGGAGAAAAAGACGGAGGAGGAAGGUGUGGCCUGCCUUGGUUACCAACAGCAACAUCACUGUCACUCACAGCCUCAAGCCCCACCCUUUCCCCUUCUACUUCCCCGUCCCCUCCCCCCAGGACAGAGGGGAGUAGGCGGAGGGAGGGGGAGGUGGUAGCAGCGGAUGCUGCAGAAGCAGUAUCAGGAGCGAGAGGAGCAUCGUUUAUUCCUCUUCCCAGUCUCCCCCUCUUUUACUCCUCCGCUCAAGCUCCAACGGAGGAGGCAGCUGGCUGCGGAGGCUUACACAGGCGAGAGGCUCCCUUCCCUGGCUGCUGCCCCAGCCCAGGCCCCUUCCCCAGAUCUGGAUACACUGUUUCUCCCAUGGAGCCUCUACCCACCCAGGGACAGACUCUAAGGCACUACACUGCCUCCCGACCAAGGCCACGACGCACACAUACGCAACCCCCUUCCUCCAGGCCUCAGGAGGCGGUGUCAAAGGUGGAGAAUGAAGCUAGUGAGGAGAUGGGCAGAGUGGAUGAAGGAGUGGAGGAGUUCUUCACCAAAAAAAUCAUCCCUGACUAUGCACUAAAAGGCCAGUGGGAGGAGUCAAACCCUGCCCAAGCCACUCCCCCAGAGUCAAGCUCCACCCCCUCAGUCUCAACCCUCUUGUCCUCUACGUCUGACAUUAUCACCUCCUCUACCACCACUCUCACUUCACCCUAUGCAUCCACUGACAUGUCCUUCACGUCCACUGAUGUUCCACCCCUCUCUACCUCCAUUCCAUCCACCUUUUCUUCCGUCACCACCACCACCACACUUCCCACCAAAAAUAUCAAGAAAAAGUUUGGUGACUUCUUUGCCUUCAAGAGGGCUCGAGUUGCCCGAGCCACCAAGGCAAGUGGGGGAGAGGGAGGAGGAGGAGAAGGUGUGAAGGUCAAAAGGACCUCCAUUGCAGACCUCAUUCGACCCCUCCGUGAGGCCAAAGAAAGGGAGAGGGAGAGAGAGAAGGAGAGAGGGGCAAGGUCAGUGGAGGAUGCUAACAUUUCUAAUGAUGCCACCACCACAGAAGGAAUCCCCGCCACCAGCCAUCAUCUUGCAGGCGAUGUGCGGGAAAAGAGAUCGCCUGCCCAGACGUUAACCAUGACGAUGCCACCCAGUGAGACCACUCCCUUGUAUCCCACCAUCACAACAAGCCCUGAUCUCACGACUACUGUACUUUCCAAUCUGGAGGAAGAGGCAGCUCCUGUCUUGCCAGCUCGCAUGCCCAGUCCUGUAGUCACUCGCACUCUGACUGGGCAGGACAAGCAGCUGGUAGGGACUCCAUAUGGGGAGAGGAGACUAAAAGUAACCAAGAGGGCACUGAGAGAGGGAAAGAGCCAAAGUCUCAUACUGUUGACGGGAUUAGAGACUGAUGAAAAGGAUACACCCACUAAGAAACAUGCUUCGGAGAGCACAUCUAGUUUUGAACAGAAGCUUCAGGUGAUGUUGCACAGAAUGGGCGUGGCCAAAACUCCACCUGCUGAAACCAAGAUGAGCCAGAAUAAAGAUGAAGAGCUGAGAAAGGCCAACUCUGAUGGUGCUAUUCUUGACAAACCUGAACCACCUCCCACAUACAUGAAACCCAGGACUAUGUCUACUUCAUCAGCUGAUCCCAGGUAUCCAAUCAGAUCUCUGCACCCCGUUCGACCAGAUCCUGUCCUUCCUCCAAAGCCCGCCCUCCCAGAGCGUCCUAUUGGCCCCCUGCCACCCAAACCUGCCAUCUCAGCCAGACCUCCCCUCUCCACCCUGGCUGCUGCAGGAGGAGGAGCUCGUCCCUCUUCUGCUCCUCCUUCCAGCAGCUCCACUGAGCUGCUGGAAGGAGGGAAACAUGAUGGCAGGCCAGAGGAGACUACAAGACAGAAUGGAAGCGAGGACGGUUUCCAGGGUGGAACAUCCACCGUGCCCUCUAGAAAGGAGCUUCCUUCAGUCCCACCUCUCUGGAGAAGUCCCGGCACACAGGAUCGCGCUGAAAAAGCACAAUCAGUGACAGAGGAGAGUCUUCCUAAGCCACGUCAACACAUGAAGCCUCCUCCUCAGCGUAGAGCUGUGUCUGUCCAUGAGGAUGCUUUUGCCAUGACACAAGAGCUGAAGGCAGUGUUACAGAGGUCACCCAUCCGUUUCCGAGGCAACAGAAGUGAUCUACCAUCCUGCAUUGAAGAUCCAUCCAGUGGAGAAGGACAGAGAGCCAGUGACAUGGGAAGGGAGACUGAUAAAGAUAAGAAGGGCAUUCCCCAGAAGGAGGAGCUGCAGGAAAGACGAGGAAGAAUGGGAUGUGGAAGCACAGCAGCCGAAACCAAGCACCCCCAUCCAGGAAAGGGCGAAAGCCCAGGCUCAGGGUGUCCCUUCUUUACAGCUCAAGCUCUGCAUGAAGCAGAUGCAACCCAGUUUUCCAGCCAUGCGUUUGACAAAGCUUUACCCACCCAAGAGAGGCUUCCACCACAUACCCGAACACUGGAAAAGUCUCCAGUGAUGCCCCCACCCAAAAAUACCACUAGCACAGCCCCAGCAUUGCCCCAAACUCUAGAUAAAUUACUUGUCUCCCCAGCACCUCGAGAAAAGACCCUCAGCACAAUCCCAGUCACGUCCGGAUAUUCAGACGUCCCCCAAGUAAGUCCUACAUCCCACAAGAAGAAGGUCCCCAGCCCGGUGGAUCUGAGAAACAGCACACCAGAGAAAGAGACCAUCUCUAAACAUCACACAGUGAAGGCAGAGGCAGCAGACCAAAGAACUGAGCCCCCUCUGUCUGAAUAGCAUCCACAGACUGACUUACCUGAGGAGAAAACACAUUUAGGAGGGAGAGGUCUGAGACAUCACUGAGAUCUGGAACUGAGGGCGUAUCUGAGAGUAUCUGAGAGUAGUGUGAGUGUUUUAGUGCAGCAGAUAAGUAGAAAAUCACAGUCACUAGACCUUUGUUUGUUUGUUCUUGUGGAGCCAUUGAUUUGAAAAAUCCCAUUAACCACUUGAAUUUUAAAAUUGGUCCCAACGUGGCUGCCCACUGGUAAAUUUCAGAAUUUUAAUUUUGACAUUAAAAACACUGAACAGCACUUUUUGGGAGAUUUCGAGAGGGCAGUAAAGCUGCAAUUUCAACACAAUUGAAGUAUUAAACAGUUAAUAUUGAUAAUAAAUGUCACCCUGGCUGGCGCACACAUUAACAUAAGCUGUUUAAGCUUGUUCAUUGGCAAUAACCUGCCAUCUUUUAUCAUAUCAGAUCAAGUAUAACCAGCUGUUUUGUUAAUGCAGCACUUUCAUUUUAGAAUAAUAUAUGAUCUUGCUGUAGAUAUUGACAGUUAACCAUGUCACACAGCAAUCAGGCCUUUUAAUCCAGUUCUAAUUGUUUUUCUAAAUACAGUAUUUUUUGUAAAUAAAUCAAAAUGUCAACCUGUAUUUCUGAAUGAACUAAAAGCUGUUGUGGACCUCACAGGGCAGACUGUAAACCUAUGAUUUUGUAGAACAUGAUGCAUUACUGUAGAUUAAACAAUAUAGUCUUUAAAAAACCUGCUCAACCCUAAACAUGUGCGGCGGUAAUACUGGUCCAUGUCACACUGACGGGGAACAUUUUUCUGAAAAAUCAUUAGAUAAAAAAAAUGUUACAAAUUUACUGCCAGGAAGGAGAGCAGAGGUGAAGAAGUCAAGCAACAGCAAGAAGCUGUUUUAAUCUAAUUCUGUUUGUCUUCUUAAAAGGAAGCUUUAUUUAUUUAUUUAUUUAUCUAUUCAUUCAUUAUUACUUUUUUAUUUUUAUUUUUUUGGAGGGGGUAGUAGGGGUAUAGUUUGCCAAUGAGUGGUUAACGCGUUCACUUUACACGUGAAAGAUCCCAAAACCCAGCUUCUGGGAGUACUCCUAGUGCUGAAUGCAUCAGCAGGGGCAUCUGGCAUGAACCUGGUGCCAUAUCAAACAUGUGAAUCCAUCUGCUGUGCCAACCACUUAGUACAGCAGCUCAAAAACAGGAAGCAGCUAAAAGUACCUUUACAUAAAGUACAAAGAGAAUGAUUUCAAACGUCAAAGAUCAACUUUCACAUGGUCAAACAUGUGUGGUUUGAUAUUAAGUUGUCCUCAUAUCUAAAUGUGAGGUUUUCCACCAGAGUCAGCAUUUUGAAAUUUCAAAUGGCUAAUGGGAUUCCUCAAGAGUAAUCAUAAAUGAGUAUAUCUGCACAUUUUAGUAUUUGUAUCCAAUUGUGAAUGAUGUUACUUGCACUAUUGUACUCUCCUGUAGAAUCGCUCUCAUGUUCGGAGUGUUCUCGUUAAACGUGUGAGAACCACAGGUACGGUACACCCAGAUGCUACCGACUUUUCCUGUGUGCUAGCUUCUGUGUAGUUGGUGCAUUUAUUCUGUGGGGUGGAUUUUUGAUUUAUAUUAGUUAUUUAUACAGUGGAACCACAUGAAUUAGAUUGCUGGCUUGUUAUUGCAGUCUGUGCAAAUUUACCCCAAAGAUUAAAUGUACUGACCGUUAGCUGUAGCUAGCUGGACACAUAUUCACCAACCAUGUGUCUGCUGAGUGUAUCAGUGUGUUGACAGCUCAUCCUCUCAUCUGAUGUCAAAAAUGAUCGCGCACUUCAUCCUGUUAUUUUGCUGCAGACUCAUUAUUUUUUAAUCCCAUCCAUCUUUGCAUUGAACAAUAUGCAACUGUGCCACCUAUAAAAUUCAUUUCCAUCAACCCAUCGUUAAGAGUCUGAAAUGAGCUUCAUCAGCUAAGGGACUGAAAUCUUUUUCAUGCACUUUCCACAAAAACAUUAAAUUAGUUAACAAGACAUUUCUGAGCGUACCACAACAUCACACUUGGUUUGAUUACACCAUAUCAGGCACAUUAAUAACAACUACUUAAAAUUGUUAUGAUUUCAAAGUGGAUUACAAACUCCAUGCUGAUAGCAGAUAUCUUUUCACUUUGCCUUUUUCAUUUUGUCCCCUUUUGACAAGAUGACUAGGUUUCUGGAAACUACAUUUGUACUUAAUAUCUAAUUGUGACUAAGGUUAUUUAGAGACAUUAAUUACUUCAUUUUACUUGGUCACACUGUGAGUCCAGGCAAAGGCUGGUUAGGUUGCCUUAUGUCAGUCAAAGUAACCUCUUUUGGAUUGUGCCAUGGGGGGAAAAGUAAUUAGUUACUAAUACUACUGAACUCCUGCUGAUUAAGAUCUCAUAUUGCAUAUCCUUUUUUUUAGAAGUUGAGGGAGAUGCCUCAUAAGAGGACUCCACCAUGGGGGGUUAGUGAGGUAGGUUUAAUCUGUGGGUUUGCAGUGUGCCAUGGUGGUCCAUUCCUUACUAGCCUAACAUGCUCUGGGUUGGUUAUGUUCAAGAAAAGGUAUCAAGACUUGUUCUUUGUUUGCUUUCCUAAGCACCACAGAAAGAGUAAGGUUACAACUGUCUCAUGCAGCAUAAGAAUAAAUUUAAGCAGCAUGUUUACAUAAAAAGCAAUUGUAUAGUCAGAUCUACACGUGCCUUAAUGAAGAGGCAGUGAUACUCAUGAUGAAGGCAGCAUAUUAAGUCAGAGUUUCCCUUCAGAAGCUGUUUUUUAGUUUGCAUUAUAUUUUCAAAAUCCUCAUAUUUUUUCUAGUUGUAGUUUGCUUGACAUAUGCAGUGUCCAUAUGCAACUCUAUAUACGGUUGUUGAUUUUUGGUCAUUAGUGCAAACACCACUUUUGCUAUAAACACUCAUGAAUAAGGUUCAUUUGCUGAGUUGAUCUUUAUGACAAUACUUAAUGUGAUCAUUAUUGUUAAGCUUAGUUUCAGUUACAGUCACGCUAGGUUUGGAGGCCUCGGAGCCACCAAAAUGAUUGGAUCUGUGUGCAAUCAGCUUGUGGUCAAGCCUUUCGAAUGGUCUCUUUGAAGAUGGGCUGUAACCACGUGCAGUGAGUUACAUCUUCAAAGUGACUUUGGUCCAUUAAGACAAUAAUAAAAGGGCAAUAAGAUAAAAGUCAAACUAUAAUCAGCUGCAUUUACAUGCAGUUCAUUUGUAAUAAUAUGGCAAUUACCUGUUAUAAACUGGCAAAAAUUGCAAAUCUGUUUGCUUAGUGUUGCAAAUUUCAGUGAAGUAGUGCAAGACGAAAUGCAAGGAUGGACUAGCCACUUGGAGCACAGGCAUAAUACAUGAUGACGUGAGGUGUGGCCCACCUUAAACAGUCAACUUGAUAAGCAGUUCAUGGAUUGUGCAGAAUCCAUACACAGCAGGUCCGACUCUCAGCAACAGACUCAGUCACAGUAAAUAAAUGCGGCAAAUUUACAAUUUAUAUAUUUAGGAACAAACAAAGAUGCAGCUAUUUCAUUUCAGCAUUGACCAGAAUUUUACCAAGAGCAGUGCAAAUUUGCAGCUCAAAAGUGAGGUAGCAAGUAAUGUAUUAACAAAUAUAAUACAGUGCAAAAGCAGGUUUGGCUCUUGUGUUUCUCUCUGAAAACAGAGAAAGAAACAGAAAUGAGGAGACUAAAGAAGAAUCGAUAGGAUUGUUUUAAAAGUGAGCUCUUCUGAUAGAACUGUGUGUGUGGGCCCUGAGGACCAACACUCAGGGGCGUGCAGGGUUUAGCUAGAAAAGCUGGUUUAUUACAAACUAUUUAAACCUGAAAUCUAUGCAUAGCAGCGGAAAUGUGUGAUGUAAAGAGCACAAAACGUUUUUUACUGUCAGAUCCCGAUCCGUCUGUGUUAAUGAAGAUACUGUUUCUGUCACUCUCUGGGUUUUUCUGCAGACUCUGUUGAAUUCUAGGUUCUUAUUAAAGUCAGUAUUAUGUAUUGUAACAUUCAUACAUUAAUCUAGCACACUAAUGCAGUUCCAAUAGCUGGAUUUUUAACAUAUGUGUGUUAUCAUAUAUUAAUAUGUAAUAGCACCUGUCAAGCAACGUGUGCACGCUGCAGAGAAACAAAAUGUUUUCAUUGUAUACUGAUCUCUGUGUAAAAAUGUGACUAAAGCACUGGAAUGCAGGAACAUGUGGGGCUUGGCUCUCGACACUCAGAAUGACAACUGAGUAAGGAUCUACAGGACAGAGCCAACGUUCUGGCUCUUGGCUCGCAGCUUUAAGCCAUCCACCUGUGCUGAUUGUCCACUUGUUCUGUUAACAUCUUCCCAAACAAAUGAGCGCUCAUAGCAGCAGCUAUCACACAAAUAUCAGGCAUGUUGUUCUGGCAUUAAAUUCAACACAAGUUGCAGUAAAAUGCGAGCCAUAAACCUGACUAAAUCAGGUUUGUGUGAUUCAUUAGAUUAUAUUUCCACUUGGUGGAGCAGACAAGUUGUGUUCAUCAUCAUCCGACUGACUGUAACCUGUAGUCAGUUUGUCUGCAUUUAGAAAUUAGAUCAGGGUUAUUUGGAAACCUUUUACUAUUUGAGUGUGACUGCAGUCAUUGCAAGUCUGGAGACAGGUUGACUCCCAACAGGCGACCUGUGCCUUGUGACUAACAGAAGGGUGCUGUAUGUUCAACUUCACAGCAACUACUUUCAAAUGGUUGCUGACAGCAAAAAAAAAAAAAAAAAAAUCAGUGCUGUCUCUCAGCAACUGAGUUUUUCUGCUCGCAAAAAGGCCAUCCUGUUUUUAUUCUAGUCUGACUCAGGCUUAAGCCCAACAACAAAGAAAAAGUACUUUGGGUAUGCCUAAAUUGUUUUGUAUGUUUGUGUAUUUUAUUAGAUUUCAUUUCUAAGUAACUAAGCACAAGAAGUGAAUCCUUUACAACUGAAAUGGAGGGUCUGGAGGAGGGUCCUAUUGCUUUUCCCCUUUCCAUACAGUGCACAACACAGCAUGUAACAUCUCUGCAGGACCUCAGUAGUGCCCAGUGAAAACUGCUUGGCAUUGUGCAAUCUUGCUAUGAACUCCAAACUUUAAUUCUUUGAUUUCGUCCUCCAAAAGAAAAGAACAAUAUGAGUUGGAUUUCCUCAUAAACUAGAAGUGUUCAGGGUUGUUCAAAAUCAAAUGCAUAAAACAAAAAUACCUUUCUUUUGCAGUGUUCACAUAGAACUGUCAUGCCCGGUUUCUUUGCAUUUGUCAGAUAUCGGUUGAGCCUUAUCUUUAGUUUGGAUACGUAAGGAUAGCUGAAAUUCUUCUUUAACAACAUUCAAUCAGGAGUACAGCACAAGACCUUUUAGUCAAGUACAAGUAAAAUUUAACCUCUUGAGAUCCAUCAGGUGGUUGGUGCUACUAUAUUUAGAACUUAAGUUCACUGUUUGUACCCAAAUGGAAUAAAACAACAGUGAGUUUAUACGUUUGCAAGAGAUUUGAAAGUUAAUAUCUUCUCGUUUCUGAAAGUAUGUUUGUGUUCCAUUUGGCUAAAACACCACCUAAUGCUGACCCUAUGAGGUUUACUGGUGAGCUGACCUGAGCUGUUCAGAGUUUGGCAUCAUACGUUGAAUUGUAUUGAUUUUUUUAAGGAAAUUCUGGUUGUACAAGUAUCUCCGAACAGGUGGAAAAUUAAUUCACACUUAUAUGCACUGAAAAUUAUUGCAGAUAUUUAUUUUAGUUUCUUUGUUUUCAUUUUUCUUUUUGCCUUGAUUUCACGUUAAGCCUUUUUUAUAAUCUUCAGCUGAAUACAUGGGACACUAAAGCUCUGCUCACUCAUUUUUGUGGGAUCACAUAAAUAUAUUAUAUUCAUAUAUCCAUUCAAUCAGUCCUUUAGUCAGCUUAAUAAUUUUCUCCGGAGUCACUAGAUUAAAAACAAAACUAUAUAAUCAGAGGAAAAUGUUGUGUUUCUCUCAGGGUGGUUGUGGUGAAUGAUGUGUGUUUUAUAAGAGCAGACCUCAGUUCAUCUCCCUGUGAUGUCUGACCCGAGCCUUCAUCUUAUCCUGGAGGAGAGUUUAUUUUCUACCUUCAUUGUUAUUUUUGCCUUGCACGCACAGAAUAUGUACAAAACUACAUAACACAAAGUUAUAAACAGAGUGUGAACCUAUACUUGUUAAGAUUAUUAAAAAGUUAACUGAG